CGUGACCGAUAGAAAGUUGAGUCUAAACAGAGGUAAACAUGGCGGAGGCAGACCGACCAGGGAAACUCUUCAUCGGUGGCCUGAACACAGAAACUAACGAAAAGGCUCUCGAACAGUAUUUCAGCAAAUACGGCAGAAUAUCAGAAGUGCUGUUGAUGAAAGAUCGUGAAACAAAUAAAUCCAGAGGCUUUGCAUUUGUUACUUUUGAGAAUCCCGGUGAUGCAAAAGAUGCUGCUAGGGAAAUGAAUGGAAAGUCACUUGAUGGAAAGCCCAUCAAAGUAGAACAAGCCACUAAGCCACAGUUUGAGUCUACAGGCCGACGCGGCCCGCCCCCUUUGCAUCCGCGUAGCCGCGGCCUGUCCAGAGGUGUACGAGGGUCCAGAGGAGCACCCAGCGGAAUGCGGGGACCACCAAGCAGAGAACCUUUUUUUAAAGGGAUGUCAUCCAGAGGCCCGCCGCCCCAGAAAAGAGGGCCACCGAUCCGAAAUGGAGGCCCACCACCCAAGAGAUCAGCACCAUCAGGGCCAAUGGGCAGACCUCCUAUGUCGAGGGACAGGGAUCCAUAUGGCCCGCCUCCUCCCCGAAGAGAAUCAAUGAUGUCGAGAAGAGAUGACUAUCCAUCUCCGCGUGAUGACCACUACAGUACAAAAGACAGCUACUCCAGUCGCGACUAUAUGAGUUCGCGGGACACAAGGGACUACGCCCCACCUCCACGGGAUUAUCCUUAUCGCGAGUAUCCAGCCCAUUCCAGCUCUCGAGAUGACUACGGCUCAGUGUCGCGAAGCUACAGUGACCGUGACGGCUACGGCGGAGGACGGGAGCCCAGAGGGUACAUGGAGCGGCCAAGUGCGGGGUCCUAUAGAGACCCGUAUGAUGGUUACGGUAACUCACGCAGCGCCCCACCCUCAAGGGGCCCCCCACCAUCCUACAGUGGGAGUGGCGGAAGCAGUCGUUAUGACGACUAUGGCGGCAGUUCCCGGGAUGGAUAUGGCAGUCGCGACAGUUACCCCAGCAGUCGAAGCGAUCCGUAUCCCGCUAGCCGCGGUGAGCGACUUGGCAGGCAGGAGAGGGGGCCAGCACCCCCGCUAGAGAGAGGCUACCCUCCUCGCGAAUACAGCAGCUCAAGCCGCGGGGCGCCCCGCGGCGGCAGUGGCCGCGGCGGCAGCCGGGCCGAUAGAGGACUCGCCCGAAGCCGAUACUGAGUUGGACUCGAAAUUGUCAGUUCAAAUGGUCAACUUUCAUAGCAAAGCAUUCUAUUCGUUCAACAGAGGAGAUGGAAAAUCAAAUAAAUUGGAUUUUUGGGUUUUUUUUGUUUUCUUUUUAAAACUCUAUGGACUACACACUUCAGUUUUUUCGAGCUGUCCCCAAUCUCCUGUCAAGUUUUGGACAUUUUUUUUCUUUUAAGUGUACAGGUUCCAAGUCCCAUUUCCCAUUUAAUGGUACUGUUGCCAAGUGAAGUGAUGAGUGUUAGUUUUGUACAAUAGUGAUGUAACUCCUACACUGCCCUUGCAUAUGGCUUUCAUUUACCAAUAAAGUUUUUAAUCAAAGCUCUUUCGCAACGCUGAUGUUCAAAGGGGACCUAAAAAUGAGUUCAUGUAGAUCCAUCAGCUUAUUUCACCAACCACGGUCAGCCCUCCCUCACCCCCCCCACCCCAAACCCCCCUUGAAAAAAUGGUGAAGACAAGUGCAUCUCUGUGCAAAGUGUGUGUGAUUCUUGUAGACGGAAUUGUUCAGUCUGUUUUGAGGACUAGGCCAAUGUCACUUUUCCAAACUCUCUAUCAGUAUAGUGCUCCUCAGUGCAAACGGAUCCCUCAGCGUAAAGUCUAAACUUUGAUGGCUCGCAAUGGCUCGACCAAUCCAAAGACAACCAAAAUGCAAGAAACAUUUCUACACCACAGAUAAAAAGUGUCAACGGAUGGUAAGCAAAGAAAACCCUUUUUGUUUCUCGUCUAAAGUGAAGUUGACUGGCGUGAAUUGCAGUCUCGGCUCAAGGUUAGUGUAACUGAUUACUGAUCAGGCGCCAUCCCAGCCACUUCAUCUUUUGCAAACGCAGGUGCUCCAGUGUUGAAGUGUUUUUUCCACACAUCUUAGCAAAAACAGCAGCCCUGACUCUAAAGGGCAAUAACUUCAUUGUAAUCUCUGGAUCACUGUAGGGCUUAAAAGAUUUGAGUUAAUCACCCCAAGAGCACAAAUUCAGACAUGGAGAGUCAAGCUUUGGAUUUUUACCAACUCAACACGUCCAUCUUAAGUGACACAAUUUCUUUCUUUUUUUUUUUUUGCCCCCACCACCACUUUGACUUGUACUUUAAGGAUAUUGAGAUGAAAAGUGAUCUUAGUUAUCGAAAGUUUUUCUCAAGCCUCUCAAAGUGGACCCAUUUUGAAAUUGUAGUGAGGUUACCUUAACUUUUAAAAAAAUCUCAAAAGCCUUUUACAAGCAUGCUCAUUCUAACAGUGGAUACAACUUGGAAUGAAACGACGCUCUGACAUUCAAACCGAGGAAGUAACGGGAAGCGCUACCAAAUUGAGCUAUGGUGCAUCUCUCCCCCACUUUUGCGCGAAUCAAAAUAAUUUUAUUUUUAAUAUUUCAAUUUUAACCUGUUUUAAAAACUGUGUAUUAACUUCUGUUAUCUCAUUGCAGGGUGAGGAAUAUAAGGGAUGGAGCUAUAGAUGAUGACGCCUCUUAUCUGCUCAGCCAAGUGUUGGACUGAUACAUAGUGCCGCAUGGAUCAAAUAGGAUCCAACAGAACCACAGGGAGUACCAGACUGAAGGGUCCUCGCCCGGCACUGACCCAGACUACACGAAUGCAUAAAAUGUCCGGAGUUCACAAUAAAUACUGUCUUUGAAGGUUACAAUAAAUAGUUUGUUUCCAUACA